AUGCCACCAGUAUGUAGUAGAUGCAUGCGUAGUCAACGCCUUAGCUUGAAAGGAGAAGGGAGCCAAAUCAAGAUGGCGGGAGUGUGAAGUGCAGAAACCGAAGACAUAGCCAUUAUUUACGCCGAAAAUGCCGCGUACAAAGAGAACAGUUUCAAGCAAGAAAAAGGCCAUUAAAGAAGAAAUGAGUGACAGUCCUUCCGAUUCUGAUAGUGAUUUUGAUGAAGAUGAGGAUCCAGACAAAAUUGAAGUUCCAGGGGGUGGAAAGGAUCUUGUUACAGCAGUUACAACUGUCAGCGCCCAUAAAGAUGGCCCAGUUGUUGUGAAAAAGGAAGAUCCCGAUGUUCACAUUGUGUCAUCUACAUCUGUUCCAAGCAAUGCUAUAGUGCCUAAGCUGGGAUCCUCAAGCACCUUGCCAGUAGUCAAGGGUGGCACUUCUCUUUUGAAAAGUGAGAACAUUUCACCAUUGAUGGGAAAUCCAAAUGAAAUGAAAACAAUCAAGAGAGAGGUUCCCCUCAAAAUGGGAAAUUUUACAAAUGUUCCUGGUGCUAAAGUACCAGGUGGCCUCAUCACGAAAGGUACUUCAUUGGGCUUUGAAACCAUGCGUUCAGGAGGACCUAACAUACCCUCAUUUUCACCUAAUGUAAUGAACAACUUUAUCCCUGGAAUGUUGUCUGGUGUUGCUGGCAACGCAAGUGCAAAUUUAGCUGCAGGCAAUAUGAGUGGAAUGCUCAACCAUCCAUUUUUGCAAUCCAUGGAUUUUAGUGCCUUCGCUAACAUGGCAAAUAUGAUGGGUAUGGAUAUGAGUAAUGUUAAUGCACCUUUUGCCACAAUGAUGGCGCACAUGAUGACAAAUCCAAAUAUGUCAACAAACCCGUAUAUGAGUCAAUUCAUGGGGCCCAUGAUGCAAGGAAACUGGAACCCUGCUCUUCAAGGGAAAAAUAUGAUGUGGAUGAAUGACCAAAAGAUGGCUGCUGGAGAAGAGGAAGAAGUUGAGGAUGAAGACAUGGGGGUUGCUGAAACAUAUGCUGAUUACAUGCCUACCAAAUUAAAAUUGGGGAAGAAGCAUCCGGAUCCUGUUGUUGAAACUGCCUCGCUGUCAAGUGUAGAACCGGCAGAUGUCUGGUACAAACUAUCCUUACCAGACUCAACUGUUAAAUCUGGCUCAUUGUCAGCUCUUCAACUGGAAGCCAUUGUGUAUGCCAGCCAGCAGCAUGAACAUUUCUUGCCCGAUGGUAACAGAGCUGGUUUUCUCAUUGGUGAUGGUGCUGGUGUUGGAAAAGGCAGAACUAUUGCUGGGGUGAUAUAUGAGAACCACUUAAAGGGUCGAAAGAAAGCCAUUUGGGUGUCUGUUUCUAAUGAUCUUAAAUAUGAUUCUGAAAGAGAUUUAAAAGACAUUGGUGCUGGCCAAAUUGAUGUUCAUCCUUUGAACAAGUUUAAAUAUGCCAAGAUCUCAUCUAGUGUUAAUGGCAACGUAAAGGAAGGUGUUAUAUUUUCCACCUACUCUGCACUUAUUGGAGAGUCAUCUCAGACUUCUGGGAAAUAUAAGUCAAGAUUGAAGCAGCUUAUUGAUUGGUGUGGAGACAAUUUUGAUGGAUGUAUCAUUUUUGAUGAAUGUCACAGGGCAAAGAAUUUAUGUCCAGUGGGUUCAAGUAAACCCACUAAAACUGGUCUGACAGUAUUAGAAAUACAGAACCAACUCCCGAAGGCCCGUGUGGUGUAUGCAUCUGCCACUGGUGCUUCAGAGCCUCGCAACAUGGCUUACAUGACACGUCUUGGUAUUUGGGGCGAGGGAACUGCCUUCAAAGACUUCAAUGAGUAUAUUAAUGCUGUUGAGAAAAGGGGAGUUGGAGCAAUGGAAAUUGUUGCCAUGGAUAUGAAACUUCGAGGAAUGUACAUUGCCAGACAACUCAGUUUUCAUGGUGUUUCUUUCAAAAUUGAAGAGGUUCAUCUAUCUGAUGACUUUAUUAAAAUUUAUGAUGACUCAGUGAAGCUGUGGGUCAGAGCUAUGCAGAAGUUUACUGAAGCAGCUGAACUAAUUGACGCAGAGAGUAGGAUGAAAAAGACGAUGUGGGGACAGUUUUGGUCUGCUCACCAACGAUUCUUUAAGUACCUGUGUAUUGCUGCCAAGGUCAAAUUUGCGGUCUCUGUUGCAAGAGAAGCAGUCAAGUGUGGGAAAUGUGUUGUGAUUGGUCUUCAAUCAACUGGAGAAGCCAGAACUUUAGAACAAAUUGAAAGGGAUGAUGGAGAACUGUCUGAUUUUGUCUCCACAGCAAAGGGUGUACUUCAAACCUUAGUAGAAAAACACUUCCCAGCUCCUGAUCGUAGCAGAAUUUUAAGGCUUUUGGGCUUGUCUCCACCUCGAAAAGACAAAAAGUCUAAAAAGUCUGAUGAUGAUGACGAAGAAGCUGGUGGUUCCAGUGGGAAAAGAAAGCCUGUCAGGAGAGCUGCGCAGCGUGCAUCAAAAAGAGUUAAAGUUGAGUCCUCAGAUUCUGGGUCAGAUAAUGAAAGUGGAUCAGACGCCGAAUUUCAGUUAUCAGCAUCUGAAUCUGCUGCAAGUGAAAGCAACUCAGAAGCAAGUGAUGCUUCAAGUGAUUUUAAUCCAUUUAAUGACAGUGAUUCUGAUGGAGAUCCAUGGGUUGGUGGACGGGGUAAAAAAAAGGGACGAAAGGGUAAAGCUGCAGCCAAAAAACCUUCGUCAACGCAAGACAAAAUAAGUUUGCUUAUUGAACAAAAAUCAUCAGCUCACAAAAAGGCCAAGCGUGAAGAGGGAAACAAAAAUGGUAACUCACUUGGUGCCGGGCUUCCCCCUCCUCCCAGAGAUGCUAUUGAACAUGCCUGCAACAUGAAGGAAGAGCUACUGGCUGACAUUGAGGAGUUAGGUGACCGUCUACCUCCGAACACCUUAGAUCAACUGAUUGAUGAGCUUGGCGGUCCUGAAAAUGUUGCAGAAAUGACUGGUAGGAAAGGACGUGUUGUCCAAACAGAUGGAGGAAUACAGUAUGAAUCUCGAUCAGAGGUUGAUGUUCCUCUUGAAACUUUAAAUCUCACUGAAAAACAGAGAUUUAUGGAUGGAGAGAAAGAUGUUGCCAUUAUAUCUGAAGCUGCGAGCAGUGGUAUUUCAUUACAGAGUGACAGGAGAGCUCGUAAUCAGAGGAGACGGGUUCACAUUACCCUAGAGUUACCAUGGAGUGCUGAUAGAGCUAUUCAGCAGUUUGGACGCACUCACCGAAGUAAUCAAGUCAAUGCUCCAGAAUAUUUAUUCCUUAUAUCUGAUUUGGCUGGUGAAAGAAGAUUUGCUUCUAUUGUUGCCAAGCGCUUGGAAAGUCUGGGUGCAUUGACUCAUGGAGACAGAAGAGCUACUGAAACUCGUGAUCUCUCCCGAUUCAAUAUUGACAACAAGUAUGGUAGACAAGCUCUGGAGGCCACUAUGAAAGCCAUCAUGGGUUAUGAGCAGCCUCGUGUUCCCCCUCCUCAAGAUUACAAAGGAGAUUUCUUCAAAGAUGUUGCCGAUGCAUUAGUUGGUGUGGGGCUGAUCACAAACAGUGAAAAUAUGCCUGGAAUUCUCAUGUUGGACAAAGACUACAAUAACAUGAGUAAAUUCCUCAAUAGAAUCCUAGGAAUGCCAGUAGACUUGCAAAAUAGACUGUUCAAGUAUUUUACUGACACACUUCAAGCCAUUAUUAGCGAUGCUAAGAAAACAGGUCGCUUUGAUCUGGGUAUUCUUGACCUUGGUGCAUCUGGUGAAAAUGUCAAGAGAAUUAAGGUGUAUACGUUCCUACGCAAGCAUGCAACUGGUACUGCGGCUACACAACUCCAUAUUGUUCAUGUUGAAAGAGGCAUGUCUUGGUCUGACGUCACGGAAAAGUACCAAGAACUGGUUGGAGCGAAAGAAGGCUUUUACCUUUCUCACCAAAUCCGCAAUUCAAAACAAACAGCCAUUUUAGCUGUUGCAGUAGAGUCAAACCCCAAUAACAAGAAAAAGGGAACCAAAGAAAAAGACACUCUGUAUGCUGUCUAUAGACCAAACACCGGUCUUCAAUUGAAGCAAGAAACACUUGGAGAGCUUGAGAAGAAGUAUAAGAAAGUCUCCAAGGAUGAGGCAGAGCCACAUUGGACUCAGCAGUAUGACUCUUCUGAGAAAACCUGCUCACAUGCUUACUGGCGAGGAAAUUGUAAGAAUGUUGCCUUGGGCAUGGAUUGUGAAAUUGGACUACGGCGUCGAACUUACAAUGUCUUGGCUGGGUGUGUGCUUAGUGUGUGGACCAAAGUAGAAGAUCUCCUCAACAGUAGAACUGGACAUAACAGUAAAAUGCAGGUUGUGCGCAUGCGCGCCAGUGAUGGGCUGAAAAUUGUUGGAACAUUAAUUCCAAAUAGCUGCGUUGAAGAUCUGAUAGAAGCUCUACAAGAGGACUCAGAAAAAAUGGAAGAAGAGAAAUUUUGAGGCUGAUAAAAGAAAUAAGUUAUUGACGUAGAGCUGGACCAAAUUCUAUCUGUUUUGAAUAUCAAAGAGCCCACAGUGUGAUACAGGCAAAUUGUAAAUUUUAUCUCAAUUUUUUCUGAUGGAGCCCAUUAGUUUUAUUUUCUCUUGCCGGUGUUUUCUUUUUCUUUCAAAUGUUAGUUGAUGCUUCUCAUCUAAUUUAUUUGGCACGAUAUCACUAGGUAACUUCAUGUGUAGGCUAUGUGACUUUGUGAUUAUGGCAUUGGCUUUAUUAUUAGUUCUGUGGCUUUCUGUCCUGAUGGCAGUUAUCAUCGCAAUUUAUUCCUAAACUCUGUUUGUUUGUUUUUUGCAUCGUACUCAUUUCUCUACUCCAUUUCUUUUUUCACAUUUCAAUAUAACUUUUAACAAUAUUUUGUUACUGGUCUUUCUGUAGUGCCCUGGCUAGUUCAGCAUUUAAAGCAAGUUCUGCUCCCUCAUUUAGGACAUGCAACUAUGCCUCAAGUUAUGAUAAGUUAUUACUGUAAGCUUUGGUGUGUUGGAGAAAAUUAAUGUGUGUAGAUGUAGAAUUUUCUAAUGUUAACCAUGAAUUAAGUGAUAAAUAUGCUAUAUGUUCGAUAGUUGUGUGAAAAUUUAACUUCAAUGAUGAUUCUAUCUGUGUAGGAGUGGAAUCCUGGAUGGAAAUCAAUUUUGUUUGUUUGCUGUCAAAUUCGGAAUUGGGAGUUCCCACCUCUACCAUCUGACUUUUGAACUAGCCUUUUUUUUCUAAAGGUAGAAAGCGAUGAGUGUAAUGUUAUGUCUCACCAUUGCUGAGAAUUGAAUUGGAAGAAUUUUUAAUUUAUAACUCAUUUGUUUCAGUAAUUAAAAAUGGGGGAGGGAGGGGGGCUUUUCUUCUUGUUUCUCACGUGUAGUUUUGAAACAAAAUUCAUAGGAGUAGUUAACCUCAUUUCCUAUGACUGUCUUUUUUGCACUCAGAUGGUAUGAGCAGGUUCGUCUCAAGUAUUUCCUACUGUGUUACUUUUAUAAUUUUUCAUCUUUUGGAUACCUAAGUUGAUUUUCUUAAUUCAUAACAUCAUUUAUCUGGAGUAAUGGAGAAAUUAAAUGAUUUACUUGAGUGUGAAUUGUUUACAUGUGAUGGGUGGACAUUGGAACUGUCCUUUUAGAACAUUGUGAUAUGGGCAUUUUUGUAGACAACCUAGCUCCUACUCCUCAUUAAGUAUGUUUUGGCUAGCUAGUAUGUUGAUAUUAUUUAUUGAAUGUCCUCAAGGCAUUUUAUUAUUUCAAUUGACAAAUGUCUCUUACAGUAUAUGCUCUUUUUUCAUUGUUCAUUGCCAUUACAUAAAACCCUCAGCUGUCAUAGUACCUUCUUCAUUUAGACACGUUUUUUCUCCCUCAUGUUUGAUCUGUUUCUUUAAGCGCCAUAUCUCCAGGUUUUGGAAUAUGAGUUUGAAGGAAGUGCUCUUAGGUCACUUUCCUUCCUUAAUUUCAAUUGUAGUUGUCUGGAGCUGAGCACAAAACUUUUGAUCUGUGAGUUAUUGUAGUGAAUCUACAUUGGUGCUAUCAUAUUAGAAUAUGUAUUGUUCUACUAUUCCACGCCCAUUGUGAGGCUGACUGUCACAGAAGUGACAGAUCCACUGGUCCUUUUAUCCUCUGAAUUGUAACCCAGGUGUUGUCCUAUUCAUGUAUUAUUCUGUGCUUUAUAUUUGGUUUAAGCAUUACACUAGCUUGUGUUACCAAAACCUUGCACAUCUUAUUUCCAUUAUAUUUUUAAUAUUUUUCUUCUCUCUACCUUUUAACGGAACAAGAUCCUAAGCUUAUAAUAAUUUGAUGUGGAUGUUUUAAUGUCGAGCCAAUUUUUGGAUGUUAAGAAAGGAAUGUAUAUGAAGAAAGUUAUACUAAACUAUCCAUACAUUCCUCUGUAUUAACUAGCUGCAAUUUGUUUCUAUUCAGAUUCUGAGAUGGACUUUGCUGUAUGAGGUAUUAAAUCAUUGAUACAUCAAGAUCUAGAAAAUAUAGACUAGUGUUUAUGGUAAUUUAUAUCUUUACUUAGUAAUGCUUAAACCAGUCCUUCCUCCAUCUUCAGUAGCCUUCAACUUAUAUAAAGUUAUUAUUCCAGUAAAAAUAUUGGUAAAUAGAACUCAGUGAAUCUAAUUCAAAUAAAUGAAGAAUGUCA